AUGAUCUCCACACUACAGAAAGCGGUCAGACCAGCCUGGGCUGCCCGGGGACUGCAUCAGUCUGCAUUGGAAGUCCUGAAGUGUCCCCCCCCUGAGGAGACGGUCACGGCCAGCUUUGGGAGGUUCAUCAGUGAAAUGAAGCCUCAGCAUUUGUCUCCCGUCACUCUCCACCGCAGUAAACGGAUGGUGCUGGACAGCAUCGGCGUUGGUCUGGUUGGAAGUACAACAGAUGUGUUUGAGCUGGCUUUGCAGCACUGCCAGCACGUGUACGCUCCCGAUGAUAUCAGCUCUGUCUACGGUCGCAAGGGCACAAGGCUCUCCCCCACGCUGGCAGCCUUUGUCAACGGCGUGGCUACUCACUCGAUGGACUUUGAUGAUACGUGGCAUCCUGCCACUCAUCCCUCUGGAGCCGUGCUCCCCGCCGUGCUGGCGCUCGCAGACAUGAUGCCCGCUCACAGGAAACUCAGCGGCCUGGACCUCUUGUUGGCCUUCAACAUCGGCAUCGAGAUUCAGGGCCAGCUAAUGAGGUUCUCUAAUAAGGCCCACGACAUUCCCAAGAGAUUCCAUCCUCCCAGUGUGGUGGGGACUCUGGGAAGUGCAGCAGCCUGUGCUCGCCUCCUGUCUCUGGACCCCUCCCAGUGCAGUCACGCCUUGGCGAUUGCCGCCUCCCUCGCUGGCGCCCCGAUGGCGAAUGCCGCCACUCAGUCAAAACCCCUCCACGUCGGCAACGCGUCACGCCUGGGGCUGGAAGCCGCCCUGCUGGCCUCCCGGGGCCUGAAAGCCAGUCAUGUGGUCCUGGACGCCGUCACUGGGGUGGCAGGCCUCAGUGCUUUUUAUGAGGACUACUUGCCGCAGCCGUUACACCCCCCCGGCGACGGCGGCCAUAUGUUUCUGCUAGAAGAGCAAGACGUGGCCUUUAAGCGCUUCCCGGCCCAUCUGGGGAUGCACUGGGUGGCAGAUGCCGCAGCCUCGGUGCACAAGGUCCUGGUGGGAGUCGGUCCUGGAAGUGUUUCCCCGGGCGAAGUCAAGGACAUCCUGCUCAGAGUGCCCAGAUCGAAGUACAUCGACAGGCCUCUCCCCGCGUCCGAGCACGAGGCCCGCCACUCCUUCCAGUUCAACGCCUGCAGCGCUCUCCUGGACGGCGAGGUGACCGCGGGGUCCUUCGCUCCGGCCGCCAUGAGCCGGCCCGACCUGCUGGCUCUGCUGAGCCGCGUCCGGGUGGAGCACCCCCACGACAACCCCGCCAACUUCAGCCUCAUGUACGGCGAAGUCCGGGUGGUGCUGAACGGGGGGGACGUCGUGACGGGGCGCUGCGACACUUUCUACGGCCACUGGCGAAACCCGCUGACCAGCGAGAGCCUGAGGAGGAAAUUCCGGCACAACGCCGGCGCGGUGCUUCCCCCGGAGCGGGUUGAAGAGCUGAUGGAGGUGGUGGAGGAGCUGGACAGAGCCGGAGACUGCAGAGCUCUUCUCUCACAGCUGCAAUAA